CUCAUUCCUCAAUUUGCCAGCUCGGGCGCAGACCUCCCCCCUCCUACCCAGCAAGCCAGCCCCAGCCAGCAAAUUUCCGUGAUGGCCAUCAACCACGACAACUAUCAAGCCAUGGACGCGCCCGCGCCGGAGAAGAAGUCGUGGAGCCGCAAGCUCCUGACGUCGCUGACCUUCUGGAUCAUCGCCGGCAUGGUCGUCGGUAUCCUGCUGGGCCAGUUCGCGCCCGACUUCUCCGAGAAGGCCGCCCCCAUGAAGAACAUCUUCCUGCGCACGGUGCAGUUCAUCGUGUUCCCGCUCGUGUUCUCGUCGCUGGUCAUCGGUAUCGCCGACCAGAAGGACAUGAAGCAGCUCGGCCGCAUCGCGCUCAAGUCCAUUAUCUACUUCGAGAUCGUCACGACCAUCGCCCUGAUCCUCGGCCUCUUCGCCGUCAACAUCGUCAAGCCCGGCAAGGUCGGCCUCACCCAGGGUGAGGAGUACGAGAGCGAGUCCGAGUCGACCUUCACGUUCGAGAAGUGGAUCGCGCACCUGACCCCCAAGACGUGGGGCGAGAUGAUGGGAGGCUCCGGCUCGUCCGAGCUGCUCCAGGUGCUGGUUGCCGCCAUCCUCACGGGUGUGGCCACCUCGCAGCUCAACGGCCAGCACAAGGCGAUCAUCAUUGACUUCUCCCGCGCCGUGCUCGAGAUGAUGUUCAAGUUCGUGGACAUUGUCAUCUGGACGGCCCCCAUCGGUGUGUGCUUCGCCAUCGCCGACGCGAUCGGAUCGAACGGUCUGUCGGCUCUGGGUGGUCUGGGCGCGCUCGUUGCCACUGUCUACGUGACCAUUAUCCUCUUCAUCGUUGUGGUCUUCGGUGGCAUCUGCCUCUUCUUCCGCAUCAACAUCCCGGAGUUCCUCAUCGCCAUGAAGGAGCCGCUCAUCAUUGCCUACACGACGGCGACGUCUGAGGCCGCUCUGCCCAAGGUGUUCGAGGCCCUCGAGAAGUACGGCGUGUCGACGCACAUUUCGGGCUUCGUCGUGCCCUUCGGCUACUCGUUCAACCUUGACGGCUCGACCCUCUACCUGUCGCUCGCCUCCGUCUUCUGCGCUCAGGCAUCGGGCGCCGACAAGUCCAUCGGCGAGCAGGUCGUCAUGGUCCUUAUGCUCAUGAUCUCGUCCAAGGGUGUGGCUGGCGUCCGCUCGGCGACGCUCAUUGUCAUCGCCUCGACCCUGGACCAGUUCGACAUCCCGUCGUGGCCCGUGGCUCUGAUCCUCGGCGUGGACUGGAUCAUGGACAUGCUCCGCACGCUCACCAACGUCAUGGGCAACUGCCUGGCCGCGGUCAUCAUGGCCAAGAUGGAGAACGAGUUCCGCACGGAGGAGUGGGAGCGCGAGCACAAGCAGCUCGGCGAGGACAAGAUGAGCGUCAUGGGCGAGAAGAUGAGCCACGUAUCGAACGUCUCGGCCAUUGAGGAGGGCCGCCACUAAGCGGUCGCUUCCGGAUGGAGUCAAUCCCCCCGAUGAACGCACAGCGCUAGUGCUGUAUGGCAGUACGAUUUAGUGCCGCGAGGAGGGCAUAAGUGUACGUAGGCAAGAUAUACCAGUAAAAUCAAACCCGUUGCAUCC